ACUUCUUAUUUAUCAAAUUAAUAAUCUGCGUUUCCCUAAUCCUCCCUCUCCACUUCCAAUCUAUCGAUUCCCCCUCCGCCAUUCUCCGAUCACUUUCCGGCGAUCAAUCUCUCUCCCUCUCAUCCCCAUUGCCGCCGAUUCUGUUUUCUUCCUGAAAACGAAGAAAUUUAUUCAGAAUACUGAUUUUUAGGGUUUCGGCGACUGAUUAUUGGAGGAUUAUCGAGAUCGAUGAAGAUUUAUUGCAGAGAAAAGAAUCUUCUUUAGUGCCAAAUUCGGUUUGAUAACCAUCAAUGUGGACUAAAUUGGACAGAUUGAAUGGAUGUAUCUGAAUCAGAGCGAAGAUUGCACAAGCUUACACCACUGGAUACCACAAGACCACGGUUGGUUCCUGCCGAAAAGUACAAUGCAGUGGCUACCCGCCGUCCUCGGACAAGAGAAGUUAGUUGUAGGUACAAGUCACCAACUCCGUCAACCCCUACAAGUUCCCGCCGUUGUUCAUCUCCGAACCCUUCAAGAACAGCAACAAUACAUUCCCAACCUGGGACAAAGAGAGCCCUAUCAGCCGAGCGGAAGCGCCCCUCAACACCAUCUUCACCACGAAGUCCAUCCACUCCCGUCCACGAGUCAUCUGCAGACAUGCAUUUGUCAUCUAGAAGGCUAUCAACUGGUAGGCUACCGGAGAGUUUAUGGCCUUCCACAAUGAGAAGUCUUAGUGUCUCAUUCCAGUCUGAUACGGUUUCUGUCCCUGUUAGCAAGAAGGAAAAAGAAAAACCUGCUAGUAAUGUUUUCUUGGAUCGGACUUUGAGGUCUUCUUCAAAUGUGGCUCAUAAGCAGCCGCCAGAGACUCCUACUUUGUCUAGAAAGUCGACACCAGAGAGAAAGAAGAGUCCUCUUAAAGGGAAGAAUGCACCUGAUCAGUCAGAGAAUGCAAAACCUUUUGAUUGUAUGCCUAGUAGAUUAAUAGAUCAGCAUCGUUGGCCAAGUAGAAUAGGUGGAAAGUUAGCUUCCAAUCCGUUAAAUAAAACUGUGGAUCUGUGUCAAAAGAUGGUUAAGACUUUAUCUACGCCAAAUCCAGGAAUUGGGUUAUUAUCACUGAGGAAAAUGCCCGCCUCUGAUGCUUUGGGUAAACCAUUACAGGAGUCUUCUAGUGAUGCUGCAAGAUUGCCAUCACUUGAUGAAAUUGGUAGAGUUGGGUCUGAAGCAAAUUCAGUUGAUGAUUAUUCUCUGCGCCCCUCUGGAUUUGCCAGGAUCCGUUGUCCGAGUUCAUCAGACAGAGUGACAUCAACAACUCCUGCAGCCAGAUCUCAUUCUUUACCUUCUCAUGGAUCACGCCCUGCAUCACCAAGUGGGACCUCCACGUUUACAUCCUCUGUUACUAGAGGUAUCAGUCCAUCACGGGCAAGACCAUCCACUCCAAGAGGAGUCAGCCCAACCCGGAUAAGGCCAUCUAGUCCAACUGGUCGGUCCAAUAGUUCAAAUUCAGUUCUCAGUUUUAUUGCUGACUUUAAAAAGGGGAAAAGAGGUGCAAGCUACAUAGAAGACGCUCAUCAGCUAAGACUACUCUAUAACAGAUAUUUGCAGUGGCAAUUUGCUAAUGUACAGGCAGAAGCUGUACUUUUCAUAGAGAAAGUAAAUGCAGAGGAAACCCUGUUAAGUGUUUGGAAUACUACCCUGUGUCUUUGGGAUUCAGUAAUCAAAAAGAGGAUCAAUUUACAACAGCUGAAGCUUGAUCUUAAGAUGAAUUCAAUUUUAAAUGAUCAAAUGCCAUACCUCAAUGACUGGGCCUUACUUGAAAGAGAUCAUAUCAGUUCCUUAUCUGGAGCUGUAGAAGAUUUGGAAGCAAGUACCCUCCGUCUUCCAGUAACUGGGGGUGCAAUGGCUGAUAUCAAAUCCCUGGAAGCUGCAAUUUGCUCAGCUGUUGAUGUGAUGCAGGCCAUGGGAUCCUCCAUAUGCUCUUUACUUCCAAAGGUGGAAAGGAUAAACAAUUUGGCUUCUGAGCUGGCUGACGUAGCAGCACAGGAGAAACUUAUGCUGGUUCAAUCCAAAGCUUUGUUGGCUUUAACAGCAGCCAUGCAGGUGGAGGAGCACAGCCUUAGUUCUCAUCUCUUACAAACAAAACAAAGUUCGAAGAGGUCUGAGCAGCCAAUUUUCGCAGCCAAAACAUUUCCUUGGCCCUGACAAGGUCCCUUGGUUAACAACCUGCCAACUUGCCAUCUCAACAAGAUAAGUGACAUGGUCAGCUCUCAGUAUAUAUUCUCUUAACUUUGACGGUAAUUUAUCUUCUUUUUUUUUUCUUUUUUGAUGUUUUUAUAAAGAGAGAGCUACAGGCUCUAAUACUUUUAAUUUUUGUUUCACAUUAAGAAAAGAAAAUAUAAAGUGAGCAAAAGUAUUGAAAUUCAAUGCAGAGGCCAAGCUUAAGGGGAAAGGACGGAAAUGUAGAUAUGAAUGUAAAUUUUUCCUUGUAUCUGAUUAUAGAAGAGUUGUUAGAUAUCAUGUAUUAAUUGCUUGUAUCUGAAAAGGAAUAUGGAAGAUAGCAUGAUAAAAACAAAAGUAAAUG